UCUGAAACAAUGUGUGUGUCAGCAGCCAUCCUCGAGUCUUCCAAUGGAGCCGAGACUGAUCGAAUCUUCAAGGGCUGUGCAAACUCCUCCCUGUGUCCAUCUACAGGCCUUCAAACCCUUUCAACCAGUUUGGGUCCAACAACUACAGUUAUAUCUGCUAACUGCUGCGACACAGAAAACUGCAACUCGGCCACUCAAGCUGCACCAACUCUUCCAGAUCCAAACGGCCGACUGUGUAACUUCUGUCUUCCUGAUACCACGGACUGCAAUGUUAUCGUCCAGUGUCGAGGAAACCAGGACAGAUGCAUCCAGGGAAAUGUGACAACAGACUCUGGCACGUCUCCACUUAGCGGCUGCUCAUCUGAAAAUGUGUGUAGUGCUGCUCAGAGCUCGGGGAUGCUGCCACUGAGGCCAGAGGUUGGCGAUUUCAGCAGAGGACCCCUAUGCUGUGAAGGAAAUCUGUGUAAUGAUGUCCUGCUGACUACAACUACGACUACUGGCGCCCCCACAACUUCUACUCCGAUGAUUCCUGCAGCAACAACUGUUCCACUUCAGUGUACGACCUGCAUAGACUCAUCAUGUUCCGUUGAAGACGUAUUGCCAUGUUCCUCUGAAACAAUGUGUGUGUCAGCAGCCAUCCUCGAGUCUUCCAAUGGAGCCGAGACUGAUCGAAUCUUCAAGGGCUGUGCAAACUCCUCCCUGUGUCCAUCUACAGGCCUUCAAACCCUUUCAACCAGUUUGGGUCCAACAACUACAGUUAUAUCUGCUAACUGCUGCGACACAGAAAACUGCAACUCGGCCACUCAAGCUGCACCAACUCUUCCAGAUCCAAACGGCCGACUGUGUAACUUCUGUCUUCCUGAUACCACGGACUGCAAUGUUAUCGUCCAGUGUCGAGGAAACCAGGACAGAUGCAUCCAGGGAAAUGUGACAACAGACUCUGGCACGUCUCCACUUAGCGGCUGCUCAUCUGAAAAUGUGUGUAGUGCUGCUCAGAGCUCGGGGAUGCUGCCACUGAGGCCAGAGGUUGGCGAUUUCAGCAGAGGACCCCUAUGCUGUGAAGGAAAUCUGUGUAAUGAUGUCCUGCUGACUACAACUACGACUACUGGCGCCCCCACAACUUCUACUCCGAUGAUUCCUGCAGCAACAACUGUUCCACUUCAGUGUACGACCUGCAUAGACUCAUCAUGUUCCGUUGAAGACGUAUUGCCAUGUUCCUCUGAAACAAUGUGUGUGUCAGCAGCCAUCCUCGAGUCUUCCAAUGGAGCCGAGACUGAUCGAAUCUUCAAGGGCUGUGCAAACUCCUCCCUGUGUCCAUCUACAGGCCUUCAAACCCUUUCAACCAGUUUGGGUCCAACAACUACAGUUAUAUCUGCUAACUGCUGCGACACAGAAAACUGCAACUCGGCCACUCAAGCUGCACCAACUCUUCCAGAUCCAAACGGCCGACUGUGUAACUUCUGUCUUCCUGAUACCACGGACUGCAAUGUUAUCGUCCAGUGUCGAGGAAACCAGGACAGAUGCAUCCAGGGAAAUGUGACAACAGACUCUGGCACGUCUCCACUUAGCGGCUGCUCAUCUGAAAAUGUGUGUAGUGCUGCUCAGAGCUCGGGGAUGCUGCCACUGAGGCCAGAGGUUGGCGAUUUCAGCAGAGGACCCCUAUGCUGUGAAGGAAAUCUGUGUAAUGAUGUCCUGCUGACUACAACUACGACUACUGGCGCCCCCACAACUUCUACUCCGAUGAUUCCUGCAGCAACAACUGUUCCACUUCAGUGUACGACCUGCAUAGACUCAUCAUGUUCCGUUGAAGACGUAUUGCCAUGUUCCUCUGAAACAAUGUGUGUGUCAGCAGCCAUCCUCGAGUCUUCCAAUGGAGCCGAGACUGAUCGAAUCUUCAAGGGCUGUGCAAACUCCUCCCUGUGUCCAUCUACAGGCCUUCAAACCCUUUCAACCAGUUUGGGUCCAACAACUACAGUUAUAUCUGCUAACUGCUGCGACACAGAAAACUGCAACUCGGCCACUCAAGCUGCACCAACUCUUCCAGAUCCAAACGGCCGACUGUGUAACUUCUGUCUUCCUGAUACCACGGACUGCAAUGUUAUCGUCCAGUGUCGAGGAAACCAGGACAGAUGCAUCCAGGGAAAUGUGACAACAGACUCUGGCACGUCUCCACUUAGCGGCUGCUCAUCUGAAAAUGUGUGUAGUGCUGCUCAGAGCUCGGGGAUGCUGCCACUGAGGCCAGAGGUUGGCGAUUUCAGCAGAGGACCCCUAUGCUGUGAAGGAAAUCUGUGUAAUGAUGUCCUGCUGACUACAACUACGACUACUGGCGCCCCCACAACUUCUACUCCGAUGAUUCCUGCAGCAACAACUGUUCCACUUCAGUGUACGACCUGCAUAGACUCAUCAUGUUCCGUUGAAGACGUAUUGCCAUGUUCCUCUGAAACAAUGUGUGUGUCAGCAGCCAUCCUCGAGUCUUCCAAUGGAGCCGAGACUGAUCGAAUCUUCAAGGGCUGUGCAAACUCCUCCCUGUGUCCAUCUACAGGCCUUCAAACCCUUUCAACCAGUUUGGGUCCAACAACUACAGUUAUAUCUGCUAACUGCUGCGACACAGAAAACUGCAACUCGGCCACUCAAGCUGCACCAACUCUUCCAGAUCCAAACGGCCGACUGUGUAACUUCUGUCUUCCUGAUACCACGGACUGCAAUGUUAUCGUCCAGUGUCGAGGAAACCAGGACAGAUGCAUCCAGGGAAAUGUGACAACAGACUCUGGCACGUCUCCACUUAGCGGCUGCUCAUCUGAAAAUGUGUGUAGUGCUGCUCAGAGCUCGGGGAUGCUGCCACUGAGGCCAGAGGUUGGCGAUUUCAGCAGAGGACCCCUAUGCUGUGAAGGAAAUCUGUGUAAUGAUGUCCUGCUGACUACAACUACGACUACUGGCGCCCCCACAACUUCUACUCCGAUGAUUCCUGCAGCAACAACUGUUCCACUUCAGUGUACGACCUGCAUAGACUCAUCAUGUUCCGUUGAAGACGUAUUGCCAUGUUCCUCUGAAACAAUGUGUGUGUCAGCAGCCAUCCUCGAGUCUUCCAAUGGAGCCGAGACUGAUCGAAUCUUCAAGGGCUGUGCAAACUCCUCCCUGUGUCCAUCUACAGGCCUUCAAACCCUUUCAACCAGUUUGGGUCCAACAACUACAGUUAUAUCUGCUAACUGCUGCGACACAGAAAACUGCAACUCGGCCACUCAAGCUGCACCAACUCUUCCAGAUCCAAACGGCCGACUGUGUAACUUCUGUCUUCCUGAUACCACGGACUGCAAUGUUAUCGUCCAGUGUCGAGGAAACCAGGACAGAUGCAUCCAGGGAAAUGUGACAACAGACUCUGGCACGUCUCCACUUAGCGGCUGCUCAUCUGAAAAUGUGUGUAGUGCUGCUCAGAGCUCGGGGAUGCUGCCACUGAGGCCAGAGGUUGGCGAUUUCAGCAGAGGACCCCUAUGCUGUGAAGGAAAUCUGUGUAAUGAUGUCCUGCUGACUACAACUACGACUACUGGCGCCCCCACAACUUUUACUCCGAUGAUUCCUGCAGCAACAAGUAAGACAACAAGUAACAUAGACAAGCAUCAACUUGUCUUGAUGAGGUUUUGCAGACUUUUCAAGUGGUCCUUGAAAUAA